AUGCCACCAAAGGUAGACGCUACGUCCACAGAAGCAAGAUACGGUAAGAACUAGUUAGUCUUUCUCAAAUCUGUUGGUGGUGAAGUCGGAGCUGCAGCAUCUCUCGCCCCUAAAGUAGGGCCUCUUGGUCUUUCCCCAAAGAAAAUCGGUGAUGAUAUCAAGGCUGCAACUGAAGCUUGGAAAGGAAUCAAGGUUAUGGUCAAGCUUACCAUUAUUAAUAGACAAGCCACCGUUGAAGUCGUCCCUUCUGCUUCCGCUUUGGUGAUUAAAGAGCUUGCAGAACCUCCUAGAGAUAGAAAAAAGACCAAAAACAUCAAACACAAUGGAAAUCUCAGCUGGGACCAAAUCAGAAAUAUCGCAAAAAUCAUGAGACCAAGAAGCGGGGCUAAGACCUUUGAAGGAACACUCAGAGAAAUUGUAGGGACCUGCGUAUCUGUCGGCUGCACAGUUGAGAAGAAGACUCCUAAAGAAAUCAUUCAGAUGAUUGAAGGUGGAGAACUAAACGUUAGUGAGCCUUAA